AUGAGGGCACCACCACCUCCAAGGAGGUCAAAAUGGUCAUUUAUAAUUAAUAUAAAAUUAAAACUAAAAAGAUUUUAUACAUGUCACAAAUUGAGGAAACGUUGGGAUAUUCAUCAAAUCAAAAGGACACAGUACAGGAAAUUCAUGAACGAUUCUCCAAUCUCAGCAGUAAGAGUGGAAGAUAUGCUUAAUUUACCAAGUGGACUAAUUCCACGUUCUAUAAGGAAGAAACCAUUAGUUAUUGCAAGUUUCCCAAGAGGUUGUAAGAAUCCUCCUCGAAUUAAUGUAUUACAAAGAAAUGAAAAAUCAAGAAUAUUCCUAAGUAGACGUAAAUAUAAGUUGAAAAAUUUGGAUACACACAUGAACGAUAAAAUGUUUGAAAGUUUAAGGGGAAACAAUGAACCAUACUCUUGUGCCCAAACUGUUAGAUCAAUUAAAAAAAUGACGAGGAGUCAUGCUGAUGUAAAAACAAUUUUUCAUCAUAAAAAUAUCAUUAAAUGUACAAGUUUAUUCACUGAUGAUUUACAGACCCCCCAGAUUAUGAAAUUUGAUAAUGAAAGGUCGAUCAGACUUACUGAAUAUGGACUAUUAACAAGAAAAAAGAAUAUAUUAUUGAACGAUACAUCCGAAGGCCAAAAUGAUAAUAAACGAUUAAAGAAAAAACAAUUAAGAAUAACAUUUUUCAAGGACAAUCCAAAUUUGAUCUCCUUUUCAAGUUUUAAAAAACUAGAUCAUGCUUGA